GCCCCGUCCCGGCCCCACCGGGACCGGCAGCAGCAUGGAGACCGUGCUGCUAGAGCACUUUCCCGGAGGGCUGGACUCCUUCUCCUCGCCCCCCUACUUCGACGAGGAGGACUUCUUCCCCGAACCGCCCUCGCGGGACGCGCUGGGCGCUGACGGGCUGCUGGAGCCCGACGUGGACUUCCUCAGCCGUCAGCUGCAGGAAUACUACCGCGACGGCGGCGACCUCGAGGGCGGCUACCGCUGCCCGGCGCCUGCCUCCGCUUUCCCGCCGUCGCCCGCCUCACCCGGCUUCACCUACGAGUGUUGCGGAGCGGCGGGAGCGGCGCUGCUGUCCCCCGGGGGGCGGCUUCAGGCGCUGGGCUCAGCCAAGCGGCGACGACGGGUGCGCUCCGAGGCGGAGCUGCAGCAGCUCCGGCAAGCCGCCAACGUGCGGGAGCGGCGGCGGAUGCAGUCCAUCAACGACGCCUUCGAGGGGCUGCGCUCGCACAUCCCCACCCUGCCCUACGAGAAGCGGCUCUCCAAGGUGGACACCCUCCGCCUGGCCAUCGGCUACAUAAACUUCCUUAGCGAGCUGGUGCAGUCCGACCUGCCGCUGCGCAGCGCCAGCAGCGAGAGCCCCAGCCAGCCCAAGAAAAUCAUAAUCUGCCACCGCGGCACAAGAUCUCCCUCCCCGAGCGACCCCGAUUACGGACUCCCUCCUCUGGCCGGUCACUCUCUGUCGUGGACUGAUGAAAAGCAACUCAAGGAACAAAACAUCAUCCGGACAGCCAAAGUGUGGACCCCUGAGGACCCGCGGAAGGUGAACAACAAACCCUGUCUCAACGACAUUGAGAACGAGCCCCCCUUCGAAUUCGUGGCGUGAGGCACUGCGCAGGUGGCCCCUGCCCCUCCCUGUACAUGCUGUAUGUAGAGACUUAUAUUGUAAAUGUAAUUUAAGAUUCAGACUCUAAGGGCAAUCAACUUUAUUUAUCUAUUUAUUACGGAGUAGUGAUAAUGAGCUAGAAUCGUCUGUUUGAAUAUAUAAUUUAUAUAAUUUAUCCUGAUUUUUAAAAGAUAUGCAAUAGGUUUGUCCCACCAGCACCUUUGUUUUGGGGAAAAAAU